CAUAUUACACUUCAUCACAAACUUUGUGAAUCAUGUGUCUGACUAUGAAGACGGUGGCUGACGAGAAGAGAGGGAGAGAGAAGGGGAAGAAGAAGGAGGGACAGAGAGUGGCAGGUGGUUGGCGUGCCAAGUUAAUGAACUGCUUUCUAUGUGGAGCAGGCAACCAAGAUCAGGAUGAACAAAUAGAGAAAGAACAAGUAAAGACUGGGCAGAAACCAGAAGAGAAGCAGAGCCAGACAGAGAGAGGACAAAGAAAAGCGAUUGCCCCUCCACGGGCAGCGAUGAUGGCUGAGAGAAAACGGGAGAUGGAGAAAAUGCAUGAGGACAUGAAGAAAUGGGAGAUGUACGGGGUGCGCAAAAAUGUCACUCAGAGAAGCAGGAAGGUGGUGGAACAGGAGAUAUUAAAAAUGGAUGAGGACAUGAGGAAAUGGGAGAUGCACUAUCAGCAGACUAAGAGAAGCAGGAAGGUGGUGGAGGUCAACAAGGAGUGGAGUCAAAUGGCCCUGAGAUCAGAGGAUGCUGACAAGAAAGUUACGUUCCGUGAAGAUCUCUGUGAGGUGCGGUUCAUUGAUGAGGAGGCAAAGCCAAGCCAGGGAGAUCAGAAAGUACUGGGGGAGAGAGGACAGCAGGAACAGGAAAUUGAGAAGCAUGUUGAGAGGAAGUUGACAAAGCAUGAGGAAUAUGACAUGUACUUCCAGCAGGUGUUGAAAAGGCUCAAGGAUGAAAAAGAAAUGAAGAAGAAAGAAGCCAUAACAGAGACAUGUAUAAAAAAGGAGGAGCUGUUGCAGGGGAGGGGGGAAGGACAGAUUGCUCUCAAGAGGCAGGAGGCUGCUGUUAUCUGUCCUGAUAUCUGUAAUGCUCUGCUGUUCGUCAUGAUUUGCUUGACCUUCUGUGCGUUUGACUUUUUCCGAUAAAUCAACCUUCUGAAGUAAGCAGGGUGGGGUUGGAGCGGAGGGAUGGAGGUUGGGGUAUAAUUGGACAUAAAAAUUAACUGAAAACCACAGGAAAGAACUAUCAAGUACUAUUGUGAAAAGCGAUGUUUGAGGUACAAUUCUGAACAGGCAAAAGCAACAUUUGAGAGGUACCAAAAAUGGGCUGGGGACAGGGAAGGAGAAGGUGGCAGACAACUAGGAAAGAGUUGCAAAAGAAAAUUAUAUUUUAAAAGAAGAAGAGGGGAAAAGAACAAAAAGGAGAAGAGGUCAAAAAAUAAGAGGAAAGGAGAGGAGAUGGAAAGGACACAGAGAGGAUGUGACUGGUAAAUAGA